CCACUCUGCCUGAUAUGUGGGACAGAACUAUAACAAUAAGCAGCGCGGGAAAAACAUUUAGCAUUACUGGAUGGAGGCUUGGUUGGUCUAUUGGACCCGAGCACUUGAUCAAACAUCUUCAGACUGUCAUGCUGAAUACUCUGUACUCCUGCCCAACACCUUUACAGGAAGCGGUGGCCCAAGGUUUACUGCUGAACUCUGAGCUGAUGGGCCAGCCCGAGUGUUACUUCACCUCACUGGCUGAAGAACUUGAGGGAAAGCGAGACCGCCUGGCCUCCAUCCUGCAGGAGGUCGGCAUGACUCCCGUCGUUCCAGAGGGAGGUUACUUCAUGCUGGUGGAUGUUACGUCUCUCAACCAGGACCUGUCACACAUGGUCGAUGAUGAGGCCUACGACUACAAGUUUGUAAAGUGGAUGAUAAAAGAAAAGAAAUUAGCUGCGAUACCUGUCACAGCCUUUGUUGGAGAGGAAUCUAAGAAACACUUUGAGAAAUACAUUCGUCUUUGCUUCAUAAAGAAAGCCAGCACUCUGGAAGCAGUAGGAAACGUCUUAAAAAACUGGAGGAAUAUUUAACUGUUGGUGGCGACCUCUGUAGCAAAGAUGAAAAGAGAUGGAAUCAACAAUAAGUUUAUAUACAUUAAGUUUUAUCUUGUGAUCGGAGCAAAGAGCAUUCAUGAGUCACUGAAUCCAUUUUUGUGCCUUGUAGGGUUGGGAAAAAUUGGCAAAAAAAAAUUGGCAAAAAAACUUAAUCACGAUUAAUUGUGGUAUUUAGCUGAUAAUGAUUAAAUUGACACUUAAUUCCAUAGAGUCCCUGAACACCCUUAUGUCCUAGUCACAUGACCAAUUUAGUGGGAAAUAUUUGUUCUUCAUA